GUUGUGUCUGAGAUAACGUUGUCUAAACACUCAGUGGGCCUGUAACUGUGAAUUUCUGUGAAACAAGCUCGUGAUGGAGGGAUCUGCCAGUGGAGACAGUAUGAAAGAUGAGCCACGCGGAGGGCUGUGGAACUCCCCCCGCGUGCCUCAAUACAGCAAGGAAACACAGGAUUUGAUUAAGUUGAUGAUGCAUGAGUCAAAACUCACGAAUUUCCAGCAGAGACAAAUCAACAAUGAGAUCAUGAGAGGGGGAGCUCUUCCCUUGGUCUGCAACCCCACAUCGUCAACCCCAACGCGACAGGUAGUCAGUGGAGCUGGCUUGACAGCCAGACCACAGAGACGCACUGCUGAAAUGUGUCGUUCUGGGGAUAACUACAAAAGAGAGAGGUUCCGCCCCAGUGCAGCACGGGAUCUGGAGAAGGAGAAGAUGAGGUUGCAGAAUAUUUUGGCUGAAGGGAAAAAGCAGCCAAACCCCAGCCAGCCACAGGAAAUUCCACAUGAGAAGGGAGAGCCAAAGGAGGACAGGUUCCAAGAGGUUCUGGAUGAGAUAAAAGACAGAGUGGACUUUUUAGAGGAGAUGUCAGCUCUGGGAAGGGGGAAGGCGUACCAAAACAUCAUCAGUGUGGAGAUCUCACAGAAAAUCCGGGAGCUUGAACUGAUUGACAAGGCUCUCAGUGAAAACAUGGUGACUGAGAUGGAGAGAAGGGGGUUGUCACCAAGGCAAUGA